GCCGCUCCUGAGAGGCGCAACGAGGAAGAGGACGAGACGAGAGGAAGGCUUGCUCGGGGCACCAAUGCCACUCGUUGCGCGUCCCGGUAAUUUGGGGAGGUGUACGCAGCGCACGGCCCCCGCGGUCGCCUUUCCGGGUGGAACUCUACGAGGAGCUGAGGGACGGUUUGAAGUUCACCGGGAGCGGUUUAGGACAGGUGAAAUUCCCAGCAGGCCGCGCGCGGUGAUGGAUGCAAGCAACCGCGUUGGAUGCAUGACUUCAACCCAGCUAAGGAAUACCGAGGAUAUCUAAACACACACACACAAAUUGGAUACCCAAUAUUUAAAGUGCAUCUUUCCUUUUGAUUAAAACCACCAACAACAACAACAAAAAAGAGCGUGUUUAUUUACCAUGACGAGGAGGCAAAGCGCGCUGCUGAUGUGAAGGCGCGCAGGGUCGCAUAUGCAAGCGAGGAUCAUCAGCAUCAUCAUCCUCAUCAUCCUCAUCAUCACCAGCAGCAGCGACAGCAGCGGCCAACCGGCGCCGACAUGAAGGAGAAGUCCAAAACGGCGGCAAGGACUAGACGGGAAAAGGAGAACAGUGAAUUUUAUGAACUGGCCAAAAUGUUGCCUUUGCCGUCGGCCAUUACGUCGCAGCUGGACAAAGCGUCCAUCAUUCGGCUGACCACCAGCUACCUGAAGAUGAGGAUCGUCUUCCCGCAGGGUUUGGGUGAAGCUUGGGGUCAUACAAAUCGAACGAGACCAUUGGACAAUCUUGGACGUGAGCUGGGCUCUCAUCUACUGCAGACAUUGGAUGGCUUUAUAUUCGUUGUUGCUCCAGAUGGGAAAAUAAUGUACAUUUCAGAGACAGCGUCGGUGCACUUAGGACUAUCCCAGGUAGAGUUGACCGGAAACAGUAUUUAUGAAUAUGUGCACCCGGCCGACCACGACGAGAUGACAGCAGUGUUGACGCCACAUCAGCCCUACCACUCACAUUUUGUACAAGAGUAUGAAGUGGAGCGCUCUUUCUUUCUGAGAAUGAAAUGUGUGCUGGCCAAAAGAAACGCAGGCCUCACCAGUGGUGGAUAUAAGGUGAUCCACUGCAGCGGCUACCUGAAGAUCCGUCAGUACAGCUUGGACAUGGCACCGUUCGAGGGCUGCUACCAGAACGUGGGCCUGGUGGCGGUGGGGCACUCUCUGCCCCCCAGCGCCGUCACCGAAAUCAAACUGCACAGCAACAUGUUUAUGUUCAGGGCCAGUUUGGACAUGAAGCUCAUCUUCCUGGACUCCAGGGUUGCGGAGCUGACAGGUUAUGAGCCGCAGGACCUGAUUGAGAAAACUCUGUACCAUCACGUGCACAGCUGUGACAUCUUCCACCUCCGCUGUGCGCACCACCUCCUGCUGGUAAAGGGCCAAGUCACCACUAAGUAUUACCGUUUCCUGGCCAAGCACGGCGGAUGGGUGUGGGUGCAGAGUUACGCCACCAUCGUCCACAACAGCAGGUCGUCAAGACCCCACUGCAUAGUCAGCGUCAACUACGUCCUCACGGACACAGAAUACAAGGGAAUGCAGCUGUCCCUGGACCAAAUGAGCCCCACCAAGCCGGCUUUCCCUUAUACUGACAGCCUCAACGAGGACAGGAAGAGCACAAAGUCACGUGUGACUCAGUCAAAGGCGAAAGCCAGAGUGUCGCCCUACCCGCAGCAGUUUUCAGCAUUUAAUCCAGAGCGUUCUGAGUCAGACCAAGACAGUCAAUGGGGAGGGAGCCCCCUGACGGAGGCGGCCUCGCCUCAGUUGUUGGAUCCGAGCGAGGCCGCCGAGGCAUCGUGCGCCUACCGACUGUAUCCGGAUUCGGGAUCCCUGUGCUACGGCCUGAGUCUACUGGAAGAGGACCUCGCUCACGCCCAGACCCGUCCUCACGCGUCCGCCUGCGAUCGGGUUCGAUGUCAAAGCGGACGCUACUUCCUGGGAGCACCCCAGUCAGGGAGAGAGGUGUGGUGGGAUGGCACUCGCUCUGUGUUGGCCCUUCCGAAACCAUCUGGGGACAACAGCGAGGGCUACGAAAUCACGUCCUACCACGCAGCCUUUCACGGACGAGGCCACUGGGAUGAAGACAGCAUCAUGAGUUCACCGGAUGGCGGCGGGUCCACCAGUGACUCCGGUGAGCGGUACCACGGGGACCAAUUUCAGGCGAGUCCUCGAGAGCCCAGUAAAAUGGAGACCCUAAUUCGUGCCACGCAGCAGAUGAUCAAAGAGGAAGAGAGCCGUCUGCAGCAGCACAAACCGCCGCUCGACGUCGCUAAGACUCACAGUCCGUGUUUCAACGCGUCCCUACCCCACCACUCGCAGAUCAGCAUGCCCAGCGUGGUGUGCCGAGGCCCUGGAGCCCCGAGCAUUGAGCUCCCUUCUGAGCGCCUCCAUCACCGCAUAAAAGUGCCCGGUCCUCUGGACAACGACGAAAACACAACUAGUCCUGGUUCCCUCUCUCGCCUCAGCAGCCCCAGCUCUGACGUUAUCCCCAGGUCCGGUCUUCCCCUCACCAAAGACUACAUGCAUACGGAUCUGUCCCCUCAUCCGUCACAACCUCAAGGGAGCCCUCUGGUCUAUCCAUCCCAGGAGAGGCAGCCUCUGGACAGGCAAGCAGCCUAUGCAUUGACUGGGUACUCCUUGGAACACCUGUACGACCCGGAGAGCUUAAAGAGUUACUCCGGACUGGCCUGUGCAGGAGUCCAGUACGACGUGGCGUCCCACAUGAGGAUGCAGGCCGAGCAGAUGCAGGCACACAAGGCCACGUCUGUGAUUAUAACAAACGGGAGCUGACAAUAUCUGACGCUGAAGGGUCUUGUUCUCUAAACGAGGAUGCGUGGAUGGCUGUUGUUCUUGACACUGGAGCAUGUUCUUUUCCAAGAAGGUUCAUGAACCAAUGUUCAAAAAGCCAAGAGGCAAAGGUCGUCACUUUUGUUCCAGUACGAGGGAAACAAACAGUUAUUUUAAUGGCGGUGAACUGAAUUCCCUUCUUCCUGCAGGGGCGACAAAGGUUCUGUGUCUGGUUAAACAUCAAGCCGAUGUUUGCGACUGAAAUUUCUCACGCGCAAUUGGCUUUGUUGGUUAAUCUGUCUUGGAUUUCCAUUGGCCAUAUGAGAAUGUGUUGCUCCAUUGCCCCUUCGCCUGAGAACUCCAGUGCACAGAGACAUAGGAAUAAUGGUUGACUCAUCAUGGGAACGAACGGCGAGCAUUUCACUUGUGUAAAAUAUCAAUGGUUCUUUGUAUUUAUUUGUCAGUGGGCUGUUUCAUUAGGUGCCAUCUAUUUCAUGUUCAAAAAGAGUAAUUUUGGUGUUUGAAUGACAGUAAAAACAUCGGAAAGCUGAAUGCUUCUGUUUGUAAAUCUGUUAAGACCCAUGCAGUCCAAAUAUUGUUCAUGUAUAUAUAUCACUUUACGAACAACAUUGUUUACAUAUCAGGAUAUAAAUGUACCCAUGAUUUUACCUCAUGUAGCAUAAGUACAAUAUGCUUUAAAUCCUGCUUCACAUGCAAUUUGUUUGUCAUAUCUAAAAAUAUGCUGAAUGUUUUCUCUAAUUUAAUUUAUAAUGUAAAUAUCUCACAAUGAAUUUUUGGGACAAGAAGUGAUGAGAUUAUUUAUUGGUUUAAAAAGGUCGUUUGAAUCAGAAUACAGUUUUAAAACAAA